CAGAAGAAGAUGAAUUCAUCGACAUGGAAAUCAACUCUUGCUUCUCCAAUUCUGAAUUUGAGUUCCAAAUGUCAUCUUCUUCUUCAACUUCUCCAGCUGAUGAGCUUUUCUACGAAGGCAAGCUCCUUCCUCUUCUUCACCCCCCUCCUCAUCGUCUUCAAAUGCUUCAACAACAACAACACCACCACCAUCAUCUUCCCUUACCACUCAUCACUUUCAGCGAUUCAUCAAUCUCCAAUAACCAAACCCAAAGUAUUCAUUAUUAUAAUUACCAGAAAGAUCAUGAUGCCUUUCAUGAGUCGGUCUGUGCCACUCCCUGCAAUGUCUCAUCACCUUCUCAUCAUGACAUGGUUAACCCAGAAGAAGAAGAACGAGAGCAAGAUUGUGUCCGUGUUGCUGAGAAAAACCAGAUGCAAAAGAAGAAGAAGAAGAAGAAGCAGCAAUACAUGUCACUGGGUUCCAAGUUGAGGGCUUGGUUUGGGAAGGCAAGCUGCAAAUGUGAAUUAGCUUACGUGACAAAGAAAGUUGCAGAUGAAGGUUCGGCUUCUUCAUCAAAAGCUAGUAAUAAUCUGAGUGAUGAUAAUUAUUAUAAGCAGAAUGGGAAAGCGGGGAAGAAAUUAUACCCAUUUGGACAGAUUAUUCAUAGAUCGGAAUCACACAGAUUUGAAUCCUUCUCAUCGAGAAUCGAGUUCAGUAAUAGAAUAAGAUCAUCAUCAUCAUCAUCAUCAGUUGCGAACCAGAUUUGUUUCAAUGGUUCGUCUUCGUUUUCUGGGCUUCCAAGCAAGUCCUAUGGAUUAUGUCAGGAGCUUGAGACAGGGAAUUUGAUCAUGGGAGCUAUUGCAUACUGCAAGCAGUCUCAUCAACAGUAUUAAUUCAAUUAGCAAUCGUAAUAAUUUCAAAGUCUGAAUCUGGUGUUAGGAAUUUGCAUUUCAAUGAGCAGUUACAAAGAUAUUUACAAAUUGUUUAUAUCAAUAAUGUAUAUCUUCUUGUUAUCUAA